AAUUUACUUCUUCGCUCUUUGCACCGAAGCUGAAAAGUACCCAGGAACCUUCGAAAACAACAGUUUAAAGGAAAGAACGCUCUUCGCACUGAAAUCCCAAACUCCCAACUGAGUGAUUGUUGUUUUGGUGUUCUCUAUCGGUGCGGUGCUAACGUGUGCGAAAUUUGCUUCUUUGAUGAUCAAGUUUUGUUCUGUGUGGAUGUAUGAAAGUUUACUUCUUUGAUGAUCAAGUUGCUUCUCUCUUUGGAUGAGUGACACCAUUAGGCCUGAGCGAAUUCGGCCCAACGCGUAAGAUUCGGUUCGAUUUUGCAUGUUGAUGUCUUGAGUGACACGACAUUUUCUACAAAAUCGAUCUUUUGGGUACAAUUCGCAAGGUGUAAUUGUCUUAUUAGUGCCAUGUGGCUCUUGUAGUUAUAUAUUGGUGGAACUAACUAAUUUCAUUUCACAAAUGGAUGAGAUACACCAGCUCCUUUUUAGUAGUCCCUUCCUGAGUGUCCAUUGAGAAUAAAUCUCUUGCAUGGAUAGUGAUUAUAUAUAAACGGCUGACUCUUAAAACCAAACAACAAAAAUCCAGAACUGGCUCUCAGAGCAUCUAAAGGAGCAGUUAUUUAAGGGAUCUUUCGGCCGUUCCAAUCUUUCAUUCACUAUGAAAAUUCUUCUAGUGAAAACUCAAUGCUGCUACUUUGUUUCAUUUAUCGACAAGGACACUGUCUUUGUUCUAUCAAUUAGGACAAAAUAUACUUUGUUUUUUUCAUUCUUAUUUUUCUACUUUGUUUCCACUUUUUCUUGAUAUUACCACCAAGUUUUGUUUUGAACAUUAUUAUGCAACCAAUCGGAAUAUAUCCAAUUUUGCAGGCCCUUCAUAUACAUAUAAAAGAGUGUGUGCUUGUUCUCUCUCUCUCUCUCUCUCUCUCUCUCUCUCUCUAUAUAUAUAUAUAUAUAUGAAACUUGUAGGGAUCUUUCUAUUGGCUCUUGGAUGCUGCUACUGCUGAUGGAGGUGAUGCAGAUAUGAUGUAGCUUCACUCUUGGUUGAAUUGAUCAAUUAAGCAACCACAAAGGUUCUUCUGCAGAGAUUAGACAACAAUGGAAAACGAAGAAGGCACCGCGAUUCCGUCCGAACCCCAAACAAAAGCCACGGAGAAGGUAAAUGAGGUCAUCGAUGGAAAGAUUGAUUGGAGGGGCAGACCUGCAAGGAGAGGAAAACAUGGAGGAGUGAACACCUGUUGGUUCAUUUUAGUCUCAUUUGGUUUGGAGAAUGUCGCGAGCUUAAGUCUUGCCGUAAACCUGAUAACUUACUUCACCGUGACUAUGCACAUCGACUUAGCAGACGCAUCAAAUGCUCUUACAAACUACAUGGGGACCAGUUAUAUUAUUUCUGUAGCCAUCGCAGUAUUCGCAGACACGUUCAUUGGAAGAUAUAAAUCUGUUCUUUUAUCGGCUGCAGUCGAGCUCUUGGGACUACUGCUGCUAACAAUGCAAGCCCACAAGCCAGGCCUGAAGCCACCCCCAUGUAACAUCUUCGACCCCACCGCGCACUGCCACCGUAUCGAGGGCGGUGACGCCGCGCUCCUCUUCUCAGCCCUCUACCUCGUCGCCAUCGGCUCGGCGGGGAUAAAGGCGAGCCUUCCGGUGCACUGCGCCGACCAGUUCGACGACACCGACCCCAAGGAGGCCGUGCAAAUGUCAAGCUUCUUCAACUGGCUGCUACUUAGUUUGUGUGUUGGUGGUGCUAUCAGUUUGACUCUGUUGGUGUGGGUUCAGAAUAACAAAGGGUGGGAUAAGGGAUUCGCGGUAUCCACAGGUUCCAUGUUUUUGGCUUUCGUGGUGUUCCUCGUCGGGGUGCCCUGGUAUCGGAUUCCGGUGGUUCGCGGCAAAAACGCGCUUCUCGAGAUCGGUCAGGUUUAUGUGGCUGCUUUUAGGAAUCGGAAGCUUAUCCUCCCAGGGAAUCCCGAAGAGCUUUAUGAGAUCAGCAGAAUGAAGGGAUCAGCUGAAGCAGAGGAAUUUGUGCCCCACAGAGAUCAGUUCAGGUUUCUGGACAAAGCGGCAAUCCCAGCACCAACGGAUCCUCCUGCAGAAGGCGGCGACAACCAACCGCCGCAAGCGUGGAAGUUCUACCGGGUGACGCAAGUGGAGCACGCGAAGACGGUGCUGGGGAUGCUCCCGAUCUUCGGGUGCGCCAUCUUCAUGAGCACUUGCUUGGCCCAGCUCCAGACCUUCUCCAUCCAGCAGGGCACCACCAUGGACACUCGCAUUCUCGGGGACCACGUGAAGUUACCGCCGGCCACCCUCCCCAUCAUCCCCAUCUCCUUCAUGAUCAUCAUCAUCCCGCUCUACGAUCGCGUCUUCGUCCCCUUCGCCCGCCGCAUCACCGGCCACCGGACGGGCAUCACCUACCUCCAGCGCAUCGGUGUCGGCCUCGUGCUGUCCUGCCUGUCCAUGGCCACCGCCGCACUCGUCGAGACCAAGCGGAAAAAGGUCGCGGAGAGCCACGGGAUGCUGGACGCCAUCCCGGUGCUGCAGCCGCUGCCGAUCAGCUGCCUGUGGCUGUCCCUCCAGUACUUCAUCUUUGGCAUCGCCGACAUGUUCACGUACGUCGGCCUGCUCGAGUUCUUCUACUCGCAGGCGCCGACGCCGCUCAAGUCGGUCUCGAUUUCGUUCCUCUGGUGCUCCAUGUCUGUCGGCUACUUCCUCAGCACCAUCCUGGUUCAGGUGGUGAAUGCUGCAACCAAGAACAACACCAGGAGCGGGGGGUGGUUGCAUGGGAACAACAUUAAUAGGAAUCACUUGAACCUCUUCUAUUGGUUGCUUUGUGUUCUCAGCUUUUUGAACUUCUUGAACUAUUUGUUCUGGGCCAACUGGUACAAGUACAGGCCCCAGGAUAAGGAUGAUCCAAGUGAGGAUGAGAAGGUUUAGAGCACCAUCAAGUUUUCUUCUUGUUAAGUAUAUUUCUGGACCGAUUUUUUACCUGAAUUAAUCCUUUAAGAUCAAA